GCUCAAUUCUAGCACUCUCAGUAACUCUUUCUCCGCAUCGCUUUUUUUGCGCUCCGGGAUAAAUUGCAAAAAUUACCUGGUGAAAAUCAGUCGCAGUGCUGUGCAAAGAUGCUCACCGAGACGGAGAAUGUUUUCCUCUUCAUUCCCAAUCUAAUUGGCUAUGCCCGGAUCAUCCUGGCCUUGAUUUCCUUCUGGUUCAUGCCCACGGACCACGUCAUCGCCGGCUGGUGUUACAUAAUCAGCGUCUUCCUGGACUGCCUGGACGGACACGCGGCCAGACACUUCAACCAAUGCACCAAGUUCGGGGCAGUGCUGGACCAGCUGACGGACCGCUGCGGCACAAUGUGUCUCCUGGUGACGCUGAGCUACUUCUAUCCCAAGUACAUGUUCCUCUUCCAAGUCUCCAUGGCCAUCGACAUCUCCUGCCACUGGAUUUACACCCACACAUCGCUGCUGCAGGGCAAGACGUCGCACAAGUUCGUGGACGCGAACGAGUCGUGGAUCAUGCGGAUGUACUACACCAAGAACAUUCUGUUCACCAUGUGCGUGGGCAAUGAGCUGUUCUAUGCCGCGCUGUAUCUGCUGUACUUCACGCCCGGACCGCUGAUCCUCGGCCUGUCCACGUUCAAGAUCAUCGCCGUGCUGUCGGCGCCCGUGGCCGUGGCCAAGACGUUCAUCUCGCUGGUGCACUGCCGCGUGGCCGUGCAGAAUCUGGGCAUCAUCGAUACGAAUGAGCGUCGCGAUGCGAAGCAGAUGGACAUGGCCAAGAAGGCGGAAUGAAUCAUGG